AUGCUCGAACGCGAUUUUGGGGAGUCGAGCGCGGCGGGUGUCAUUGGCCUCCUCACUAAGUUCGUCGGCACCCUUACGUCCGACUACCGCCAAGUGGGUGACCACUUUAAGGUAAUGAGUGCCCUACGGAACCGCAUCAACGCUCAGAGCGUCAAGUGUUUCGGCGAGCCAAUUGUGUCGGAGCAGUUAGUGGGUGCUCUGUUGCUAUCGCUCCUCCCCCAGCAGUACUUUGGGUCCUCGGUUAAGUUCACCAAGGAUUCAUUUACUAUGGACAAAGUGUUUCAGUUGGUGGUGAACACCUUUGGGUCCAAAAGUAAGCGGGACAUUUUAUCGAUGUCAACCGGAUUUGGAAAAUCCCUAAGCAAGUGCCAAGGUGCACAUGAAGAAGGACUGUCCAAAGCGCAAGGAAGAUUUGCGAAGGGGUACUACCGCACGUCCAUCUUCAAGGCGGCGAAGAGUGGCCCGGCUAAGGUGGCGGCGGUGCGCUCUACUCGAAGUGAAGUGGCCACUCCAAGCGGCGGCGAACGCACUGCCACGGACAUGGAGGAGGCGGCUGCUAGCCUGGAUGACCUCACCAUGCAGUUGGAGUAUGCGAUUCUAGAUGCGGAGUGAGUCUCACUGGUAGAGCUGAAGUGUUUGUACGAGCUAAAAUUGAUACCUCGUAUAGAUUUAGCUUUCCAAAUAGUGGCUCUUUGGAUAAUUCACAUGCUGGAUUGAUU